UAUAAAGGAUGAUACUUGGAAUAUAUUCUCUAAAAUUGAUAUCAACUAUAUGCUCGAAGGAAACAAAAAGGAAUGGCUAUUAUGUGCCAUAUUUGGUGAAUGUAUGAAUAAAAAAUUGCCAACAAUUGAUUCUCCAACCUAUAUGACAAGUGAGGCUAAUUGUAUUUCCCUUAUAAAACUCUUGAGAUACAUAAAUAUAAACAUAUUGACCUUCUUUGAUAAGAUGAAAAAAUGGUGCAGCAUGGCAUCCAGUAAUUAUUCCGAUUCAAAUGUCUCUAACGAUCUCAGAUAUCGAAUCAAUACUCUCGAAAGAAAAUUUCACGUGACUAAAUGUUUGUUUUAUUCAAAAUUUAUCUCGCUUUUCAACCACACCUUCCACACAACCGAUUUACUGACCAAAGCAGACGAUAAUAAUUUUAUGCUUCAUUCAAUUAUCGAUAAAUUAAUACCGGAUUUGGGUGAAAAAAAUUGCACGAAUCAGGAUUUGAACAAAGAGGACAAAGAAACUUCUAUACGAAAUAAUAGGAAAAAUCUUAGCAAGUCGGAUAUUUUCGAAUUUUCAUGGCUCUUUUUCGUAUUCGUCAAAGGUAAAGUUGAAGGAAUGAGUGAAGACCUGGUGAACAGUUUUAACUUACUUUUGUGCUGCUUGGAUCUCAUAUUUAGCGAUUACAUUAACAAUUGCCACAAAAUGUCGUUGACUUGUUUAAUCGAUAAAGAAAUUACAGAUGCGCUAAAUGAAAAAGAUUUAAUAACCCUCUUUUGUGAAUCAACUCAUAGCACGUCCCUCCUAUUGGAUGUCAAAACUUACAAAGUUUAUGAAUUCGAAAAUCACCUGAAAUCGUUGCAAAUUACCCUCAAUCCUGCUCUGAAAACGGAUUCUAACGAUACCUUGAAAGGAAUGAUAAAACCUGCUAAUUACGAAUAUAACUGGCAAAAAUUGAACAAGUUAUACGAGGAGAUCUUCAUUUCAACACAAGAUGGUUUCAUAGAUGAAAGAAUAUUUUUAGGUGAGUCAUUCAUAUCGGCCAAGAUAAACACUCCUACGAAGCUUCUCAAGAAUUACAAUACAUCUUCGACCCUGGAUGAUAUUGCCAACCAAUUUGAAAAUCCUGAUCUCGAUCAAGAUAAUUCGAACAAGAAUAAUGGGGACGCGUCUAUCAAGAAACACGUUAAUAGCGCCAAGAAGAAAUUGUCGGAUUAUUUUGAUAAGACCACCGAUUCGCAUGUCACUUUGACCCCUCUACUGGGCAGAAAGUUCUUGGUUCACAAAUGUCGAUCAGCAGAUGAUCCUUCACUCAUGACGACCUCCGCUAACCUCAACGAAGAAGAACUACAACGAAGUAUCUCUGGCGGCAGCUUUACUCGAAGCGAUAAUAAGCAGAUGGUCAAAUUGAAGGGAAUCAUGCAUUCCUACAUGGAUCAUAGAAGCGUAUUGACCAGUUUAGAUGAGCCAGGUGCGAUAAAAGAAGUUGAAGAAGAUUCUAAAGUUAUUGAAACGAAUUCCGAUGUGGUCAGCGAAGUGGAUGACAAUGAUUUGCUGGUUAUAUUGAGGAAGUGUAAACAGUCGACUAUAGCUAAAAUGGUGGAUAGAUUGAAUGCGUGCGAAGAAAAGUUUGUCAAGAAUUACAAUUAUCCUGCUGCCAGCAAAACGCCAACUAAAGAAGAUUAUAUAAGGGAGAUAUUCGAUACUGGUUGUAGCCUAUACUUUUGUUUGUUGGAAAAAAUAUUGGCCAUGGAGAAGAACACGAAAUUCACUAGCACCAAGCAAAAUGCGUCUUUCGAUUACACGACUCUCUUGGAGCAUUCCGACUUCAACACAUCCGUCUUAGCGCUAGCCUUAGAAAUCACUAUUUUCUCCUCGUCCUCUUCUCACGACGUGGCUCUCAGUCAUUCGUUGCCUCAUAGUGUCAAUCAACAGCAACCUUAUGCCGUAUUGGGCCUUUCGGCUUACGCCUUUUACAGAGUCAUAGAGCUUUGCAUAAGAGCCCAAGAUAAGUUGAGUAGGGAGAUGGUCAAACACCUCAACAAGAUUGAAGAGGGUAUACUGGAAAGCGUCGUAUGGCAUAAUGAUUCUCUCUUGUGGGGUAUUCUUAAAAACAAUCCAGUGCCUUGGUGCAAAGAAGUCUUUAAUUCACGGAACAUCGAAUAUGUUUCAUCUUCUUUCGCUACCUUUACGCCCCCUUCCGUUCUAAAAACUAUUCACCGACACAUACCGCCAUCUACUACGAGCCUCGGCAGCCUGCUGCUAACCCCCGUAAAUGAACCAGAAAAUCACGAAAAUAACAGACCCAACAAAGAUGUAAAACCUGUGAAGAAUGGAUCCUUGGCCCUUUUUUUCAGAAAAGUUUACCACCUAACGAGCAUUCGUUUGAGGGACUUGUGCAAGAAACUGGACAUCGCCUCAUCAUCGUCGUCAUACUCGACUCCCAAUAUAUUGGCGUUAUCCGAUCCCGACCUUUCUUCUAAAAUGGAGACCCUGUUGUUGCACGCCGUGUGGACCUGCUUCGAGCAGUGUUUGGUCCAAUCAACGGCCGUUCUUUUCAAGGGCAGGCACGUGGAUCAAAUCAUAAUGUGCUGCGUUUACGUUAUGUCUAAAGUGACUGGUCAUGACAAAUCAUUUGCCGAUAUCAUGAAGCAAUACAGGACUCAACCUCAAGCUAGGAAUAAUGUCUACAGAUCGGUUUUGAUACAGGAUUCUAACGAACACAUUUCGCCCCCCACUUUACAUCCCGAUCAAUCAGAUUUUAAUCAAAACGAUGUUUCCAGGAUUCGCAGCUCAUCCACCUUGCCCCAUCACAUUAAUAAUAAAGGACCUGACCCGAGUCGGGGCGAUAUAAUCACUUUUUAUAAUUCGGUAUUUGUCGAAGAAAUCAAAAAUUUUGCUACCAAAUUCGCUUCUUUCUGUGAUAUAAUAAAAAAUCCAACAACCCCCAUCUGUCAUUCACAAUUGACACCCGUCAAUCUACUAUCCCCCUUACCACUCCUCACACCUUUAAGUGGCUCACCGGCUUUUGGUCGCAAAAAGAAAGUUUCUGUCGGACAUUUUGUAUACGUUUCACCACUUAAACCUUCUCCGUCCUUAUCCAAGAUGACGGCGCCUCUGGGGGGAGUCGAUGAUUUACUAUCAAACCGAUCCACUAGUUUUGUCUUUACUUUUGACCAAAGUCCCAGCAAGGAUUUAGACAAAUUGAACAAGAUUAUAAAACAAAAUCACCAAAAGUUAUUCACCACUAAUAAUUUGGGCAGCCCAAACUCCACCUCUGCGAAGACUGAUACAAAUAAUGAUAUAAAUAAGGAGCCGAACCUUAUAAAAAGGUUGAAAUUGGAUUUGUUAUGCAAUAAUGGCAACCCAUCUAACUCCGCAUCACCGGGAAAUUUUUCUGCCAAAAGAGGCCUUCAAUUUUGAACAAUACUGGGGAUAGAAUAUUUUGCCUUUUUUUAUUUUAUUUUUGAGGAUUUACAAAGAAAAAGUCUUCUAUAAACAAAUUCAUUUGCAUAUUUUUUUUAUAUAUAAAUACAAUUAUUUCAUAUAUAUUGUAAAUAUUGAAUUAUAUAUAUCCGACAAUAUUGUAUUCAAAAAAA